AUGGUGUCAAAUUCCUCUACAUUCAUCAACGUCGACAACAAUUCAGAACUGAUUAGGGCAGAUAGAGAUAGUUAUGUAACUGAUGGAAAAGAAAUUGUUAAACCUCUUCUGUCCGAUGGGUGGGAGAAUGUUUUUGAUGAUCCUAACAAGCUUUUUCGUGGUGGUGUUGAUGAUGUUCGUUUGGCCUAUCAAAAGUAUUGUUUGAAGACUGGGUAUCGCGUAACAAAGGUGAAGAAUGAUCGUGAAAGGAUAAAAAAGUAUGUUGGGAGGCACACUUGUGGAGCUGGUGUGAAGUUGAGAAGUCCUAAAGUAUCGAAGAAGCUGUUUAACGAUGCAACUCAGACAUUUGAAAGGUUAUUCAUCGCAAUAGGCGCUUGUAUUGAAGGUUAUAGACUUUGUCGACCAAUGAUUUUUGUUGAUGCAACUUUUCUGACCGGGAGAUUUAGAGGUACCCUUAUGGCUGCUACUUGUCUGAAUGGGAAUCAAGGUUUUUAUCCGCUAGCCUUUGCAUUGGUCCCAGGAGAGGAUGUUGACAAUUGGGAUUGGUUUAUGUGCAAUCUUAGCAACAUUGUUGAUGACCGUCCUAUCACCUUUAUGUCUGAUCGUCAUGAAGGAUUGUUGAGGGCUAUUCCUAAACACUUUCCUACUUCCCAUCAUGGCUAUUGUUACUACCACUUGCAAGGAAACUUACCAAUCAGGAAAUCGGACGAGAAGUACAAAGAAGUUAUGGGAACAUUGGUCCGCGCGUUCUUCACUGGCUGUAGAUUUGGUCAGACUACAUCAAGCGUUGCUGAGUCCUUCAAUAAUUGGAUUCGGAAAGACAAGAGGUUGCCUGCCUGCGCCCUCGUUGACAUGAUCAGGUUACGCGUUAUGGAGUUGAUGAAUGAACGUCGCGAAAUGAGUCUUUUGAUGGACCCAGAGAAGCUCACUCCUACCUACGAGGCGUUACUUAAAGAACAUAUUCAAAUUGGUCGAGUUUGGAAUGUUACUCAGUCAUCUGCGUAUGAGUAUGAGAUUCAUUCGCCUAGGUCUCACACUGUUGAUCUGCUGAACAAGACUUGCACCUGCCAAAGAUGGCGUGUUUAUGGUUUUCCAUGCUCUCAUGCUACAACAGCUAUAUCUGCCAAGGGUGAUCGAUACGUAGAUUAUAUCGAAGACUACUUCAAAGUUACAAAUUUUCAGCAGCUGUAUUCAAUUGCUAUCAGACCAAUCCCCAACUACAACAGGCCAGAGCAGUAUCUGCCAGAGGAUACUAUUUUUCCACCCCAUCCACGAGUUCCACCAGGUAGGCCAAAGGGAAAUCGUAUCAAGAAUGCAUGGGAGAAAGCUAGGAAGUCCGUCCGUUGUUCCAACUGUAAGAAGAAAACUCACCACAACAAGGCAACGUGCACUGUCAUUCCUUCAUACCCAUGA